UUUGCUCCAAUUCUGUUUAUGGUAAAGCAAGACAACAAUGUUCUCUGGAUGGAGGGUGAUUAUUCUUUGCUUUCUGCUUCUCUAUGGUGUGCCCAACUCUUCAACUGGUGCCCCUGGGCAGUCCCAUCAUUCAUUGAUUCUGCCUGGAUCUCCUUUCCCUGCAAAGGCAAAUGACCCCAAAGUUCAAAGAGCUGCUAGGCUUGCAAUUUAUAAAUACAACAACAGUUCAAAUGAUAUCUUUUUGUUCAAAGAAUCUCGCAUAAAUAAAGCCACAAUACAGAUUGUGAAAGGAGUGAAAUAUAGACUGAAUGUCGAUAUCUGCCGGACUGUAUGCAGGAAAAGAAUACCACAUCCCAACUUGGACAGAUGUGAUUUCCAGAAGAACAAGAUGCUGAGAAAAAAAUUCACAUGCGAUUUCGAAGUCUGGUUUAUCCCUUGGCAGCAGAAAACCCAGAUCCUAGUCAUGUUCUGCCACUAACUGAUAUCUAAUAAACUGUAUAGAUAUUGCAUGUUUACUUUUUUGUACACCACACAUUGUCCAUAAAGACACUGGAUUGCCAACA